GAAAGUUGAAAGAGAAAAAAGGCAGGCUGGAGAAAACAGAAAAAAGAUAAGGAAAACACGUAGCCAAGGGUUUAUUAGGGCUUUGGGGUUCUUCCACUUCCCACUGCCUGUCUUCUCCGAAGGAAAACUAACAGCGACGAUGAAGUCCUUGGUUCCUUUUCCUUCGUCGUCUUCUUCAGUUCAUUCAAGACUGCUACUCUCGUUCAGCCAAUACAAGUGUUUAUCAUCUGCAUCUUCUUCUUCUUCCUCCAUCGGGGAAAUUGCCGGUGUACCCGUCCGGAGCUCUGAUUCUGUUGAAGCAAACCCAGCUUCAGAACCCCAAAACUCAAUCAAGAUCCAAACUUUUCAAAAUCCAUUUGCUGAUAACACACGAUUAAGCCAAAUCUAUGUUGUCGACACCCUUUUAUCUCAUAUAAACGACCCUUUGGCCGCUCUUGAGUACUUCAGGUCGGUUGAGAAACAGCCCGGUUUCGUGCGAGAAAUUGGGGAUUCGUUCUUCGUGCUGCUUCACAUUCUGGUAAGUUCCCGUGAUCAUCACGGUGCAGCUAGGAAUUUGCUUAAUAACUACUUGUCCGGUGAUUCUGCCCCCUCCGGUGUUGUACUUGUUGAUCGCUUGAUUAACUGUUCGGAAAGAUUUGGUUUUGGCCUGAAGCCGCGGGUUUUUGAUUACUUGUUGAAUGGGUAUGUUAAAGCACGGCGUUAUAAAGAUGCAGAAGAUUGUUUCUAUUUAUUGGUUUCUCGUGGCAUAACGCCACAUGUCCGUAUUUUGAAUAAUUUCUUGAGCUCAUUGAUUAGGUCAAAUAUGAUUGACGAAGCAAGGGGAUUGUUCAGGGACAUAGUUAGAAAGAAACAAACUUAUGAUUGUGCAACUGUGUACAUGAUGAUGUGCUCUGCUCUGAGAGAAGAUAAGGUGGAAGAGGCUCAAAAGUACUUUAUGGAUGCAAAGAUUAGUGGAAUCAAGCUUGAUCUUCCUGUUUAUUGCACUGCAGUUCGGGCCGCUUGUAUGAAACUGGAGAGCAAUGUUGCAUGUGGCUUGUUGAAUGAGAUGAAGGAGAGGGGUUGGGUUCCUUCUGAGGGUACAUUUACACAUGUAAUAUGUACUUGUGUGAAGCAGAGGAAUAUGAUGGAAGCAUUAAGGCUGAAGGAUGAGAUGAUUAACAGUGGACAUUCCAUGAAUGUGGUGGUUGCUACUAGCUUGAUGAAGGGCUACUAUCAGCAGGGCAAUCUCCGCAGCUCUUUGGCACUGUUUGAUAAGAUUGUUGAAGAUGGAGUUGCUCCAAACAAGGUCACCUAUGCAGUCCUCAUAGAAGGUUGCUGUAUUGAUAGAAACAUGGUGAAGGCUAAAGAGUUAUACAUGCAAAUGAAAUCCGCAGGUAUUCCACCAACUGUCUAUAUCGUAAAUUCCCUUAUUAGAGGGUACUUACAAGCUCAAUUGACGGAUGAGGCAAUGAUGUUAUUUGAUGAGGCUGUUAAGGAUGGCAUGGCCAAUGUUUUCACUUAUAAUAAUCUAAUAUCCUGGUUCUGUGAAGGGGGAAGGGUAGAUGAUGCUUGCAGGAUAUGGGAUAAAAUGAUUGAUCAGGGGGUUGAACCAACUGUGGUUUCCUAUAACACUAUGAUUAUGGGGAACUGCAGAAAAGGGAAUGUGGAUGUCGCAUUGGAGUUACUUUCUGAAAUGACUGAAAGGAAUUUGAAAGCAAAUGUUUUCACAUAUAGUAUAUUGGUGGAUGGGUAUUUCAAAAAAGGUGAAACUGAAAGGGCCAUUGGACUGUUUGAUCAUAUGGUGAGUUUGGGGAUUGCCCCAACUGAUGUCACAUUCAAUACAGUCAUCAGUGGGUUGUGCAAAGUUGGCCAAACCACUGUAGCAAAAGCUAGAAUGGAAAAGUUUGUAUCGAUGGGUUUUAUUCCCAUUUGCAUGACUUAUAAUAGCCUCAUUGAUGGAUUUGUAAAGGAAGGUGAUAUGAACACUGCACUGGCUGUUUACAGGGAGAUGUGUGAAGCUGGCCUUUUCCCCGAUGUUGUUACUUAUACCACUUUGAUCGAUGGGUUCUGUAAAAGACAAAAUAUAGAUGUUGCAUUAAAGAUGCAUAAUGAAAUGCGUGCUAAAGGUAUUCAAAUGGAUAUAACUGCGUAUAAUGUUCUUAUUGAUGCCUUUUGCAAAAGAGGUGACAUGAAGAGGGCAUAUGAACUUUUUGAUGAGAUCCUAGAAGUUGGUCUAUCUCCAAAUACGGCUGUUUACAAUACCAUGAUUGGUGGGUUUAGGGGCCUGUUUAAUAUGGAAGCAGCACUUGAUUUGUAUAAGAGAAUGAAAAAUGAGGGGAUUCAAUGUGAUUUGGCAACAUAUACCACUUUGAUUGAUGGGUUGCUAAAGGUUGGAAAUAUACUGCUCGCAUCGGACUUGUAUCAGGAGAUGCUUGCCAAGGAUAUAUUACCGGAUGUUGUUACAUUCUCUGUUUUAGUACGUGGUCUUUGUAAUAAAGGACAAUUGAAAAAUGCUCGCAAGAUCCUGGAAGAGAUGCUUAAAAAGAGCAUCACUCCUAAUGUACUGAUUUAUAAUACACUAAUUGCUGGAUAUUUCAGAGAGGGCAAUUUGCAAGAGGCUUUUAGGUUGCAUGAUGAAAUGCUUGACAGAGGUCUUGCACCUGACGAUACCACUUAUGACAUUCUUGUAAGUGGAAAGUUCAAAGAGAACAGCUCUCCGCUGGGAGCUUUAAGUGUAUGAAUUGUCACCUUGGUAUCAUUGACAGUCUACUUUUGUUGCUUCAAAGAACAAAAUUUCCUUGCAAGGACUUCAAAAUGGAGUGUUCAAAUCCAUGGAAGGUCUACAGGAGAAGUCAUUGUUGUUGUAAGCUUCAAUGCAGCCUUUUGGGCUUGAGGCCUUAUGCGGACAUGCUGAGAAGUUAAAAUGAAUGACACGAUGAAUUCUGGAUUUAACUGCUUCAAAUAUUUUAGGAUAUAUGGAACUCAUCUUUGGCCAGAAAUUGAAGACCACGAGUUUUCGCUUUCUGUUGUUGCAGCUGGAUCAAAGUAAAGAAAUAUAUGGAGCUCAGGUACAUGGUGUGUUAAACCAUCUCCAAGUGUGGAACUUACACCAAGUAAGUCACCAAGUUGCAAAACUAACGAGCAUCUCUGGGACAAAAUAGAUACCUUUUACUGAGUUCGGGCUCUUUUGCUGCAGAAGUUCUUGCAGCGUUGGGACUGUGGAUAAAAAGCGAGAGGGCGACCGUCCAUGAAUCAAAAUAUGACACUAUUCUUUGAUUUAUGGAUGGGUCAAGUAAAGAUGCAGGCAACUAGCACUCGGGAUGAGUUCUUAUAGAUUUGAGACCAGACCAGACCUGCCCUGCCCUGUCCCGAACCCAAAAAAUUGGAAGGUUGAGAUGAAGCUACACUCAUUUUGUAAAUUUUAAAAAAUAUAAGACGUUUAAUUAUUAUUAUUAUUAUUAUUCACAAUAAUUCAUCAAAACCAGUUUUUACAA